AUCACUCUAUGACAAUAAUGUUGGUGGUACUCAAACUAACUUGCGACCAAGUCUCGCGAUAACUUUUGAUUUGUUUUUGCGGGAAAGUCAAACGUUCAGCUGAUCCAUUAAGAAAACAAAUACAUCGUAACAAGCUUGUCUGCUAACUGUCUCUUUGGUAGACCUGCCUAUUAAACCUAAUAUCUUUUGUUUGCUACUUGUUUUUAAACAAAUAAGUAAAACCUUACAUUCUCAUCUUGGAACGGUAUAUCGUCUGAGACCCGUCCGUUCAUCAUCAUGAGUAAGAAGAGCCAGAUUACUAAAGUACUACAGAAUUUGCAAAAGCAGCUUGUUGAGAUCGAUUCAUCAAACGGUGCUCAGAAAUCUAAACCAGCGGCCAGUCUUUGUUCCCCGAAUGUGUCAACGAUUGGCAAAGCCAGUUUCCUUGAUUUGUGUGAUAUUUAUGGUAACCCAUUGCACAGCACUGCCCUUGAGGAAGAUUUCAGCCCUAAAUCAGCUCAGGACCAAGAGGCAGCAGCCAAUGAGGGGGAAGCUAAUGGAAGAGGGGGCCCAUCCAAAAAAGUCCAUUCUGAAACCCCCAAAAUACCUACACAGGCUGGAAGAGGUCAGACCAAAAGGAAGUCUAGCAGAGUGGUUGUGCCGAAGGAAUCUUCACCAAAGAAAAAUGGCCAGAAUAAACUUGGAGUGAAACCCAAAACCAGGCCCCAAAAGAAAUCUGCAAGGGUGAAAGGCGGAGAGGAUUUAACACGAGCUCAGAGUGAGACAUCUGCCCCCCAGAAACAGGCAUUGGACACAAAUGAAGAUGACUCGGAAUCAGCAAACGAAGAGGAUUGCGACAAUGCCAUGUCAGCUCUUGGCUGUGGUCCUCAACCUGUUCAGAGGAAACGUAGAGCAUGGUUGUCUUCAGAGGACCUGACAGAUGAGGACGUUAGCUGGAGUCCAAGUAAGAAGAAGGCCUCACAGGUCUAUCAGGGAAAGCAGAGGAAGUCCUCAGUUAUGGUACCUAGAAGGAGUUUGCAGGGACCAAGGAGGAAGUCAUCAUCGGGGUCCUUGGGAAGUUCUGGUCCUUCCCAAAGAGACAAGCCGAGACAAAGGAAUGUAAAAAAACCCAUUGACCUUGAUGUGGUGUUGGAUUCAUUUUUGGAGUUUGUGUCAGAAUAUUUUGAUACAUUGGAUUCUAAUGCAGUAAAGCAGGCUAUAAAUGCCCUUUCAAGCUCAUUUGAAGAUCAGCUCACAGAAAUUAUAACUGAUUCAAAGGAGCUAAAAGUCCUGAAAACUGAAAAUGCAAAGAUGAAUGCUGCCAUUAACCAAAAAAGAGCCAGGCUGCUCGAAGCCAAAAACGAACUUAUAAGAAGUGAGAUCCAGUUAAGGGCCUUGCAGAAGGACCAGUCUCAACUGGAACAGAGGCUAACAGACAUAAGGAAGGGCACCACCUUCCUGAAGGAUCUGAGUCACCUGCACAAGAGCUACCUAGACCAUAGAGAAGCCCACCCUGACCAGGUGGAGGAGUAUGGUCCCUCCAGCCUGCCAGCUCUUCUCCUGGAGGCCCGUGGUGUGUUGGGGACUGAGGAUCAGCUGAAGACUGUCAACGAGAGGCUUCAAAAGGCCCUGGACCGACUUCCAAGUUGAGCUGAAAGGCAAAUCCAGGGAAGAGCGCACCCAACCUGACUAAAUAAAUCUGUGAGGAGACACUGCUGAGUAUGGACAGAGAAUACAUUUGGGAGGGGUAACUGGCCCCCAGGCUAGUACGUCCUCUCUGGAAACAGUAUUCAUUAACCUUCCUCUCAGAGAUACUUACAUGCCAAAUCCAUAAAUUUGUCAAGGAUGUUCCAUCAAUAGGAUUAAACAGUUUUCUUUGCCUCUACAUGUCUAGGUAAUGAACCGGUUAAGGCUGAUUAUAGGUUUAACAACAGUGUAACCAACAGGUGAUAUUGUUCCCUGUAAAGCUGAUGUUUGAUACCCCUUCCCCAGGCCCUGAUUCUUCCAGUGGGUGUAAUGAGUAAUGAGCUUGCUUUGUAGAGUGGCAUGGAGUAGGACAGUGUUGUUAAUAACUCACUAUUAUAGGGGAGGAAGGCUGUCCAUGCAUGUACAUUUUUACAUAGUACUUACAAUGAGUAAUGGGAGCAAGUCGUUAUUAUUAUUUAAGUCAAAGUGAGAAGAGUCUUUUUGAGCUUUAAGAUGAGUUCCAAGCAGGACGGGUUGAGUUUGCCAUUCUAAGA